AUGAGACGAUUCUGUGGGGGUGGUUUCGGUCGGUGGAGAGAUGGGAUGAGAAUUGCAUGGAGGAGUUGGUGCACCUGGGGUAACGACGGAGGUCUAAGGGAGCGCGGUGGCGCCGUGGUGGAUAUGGGAAGUUUGUUAAAUGAUGAUGAUCACUUUUUUCACUAUACAGUUGUCACUACUUGUCCUCAGUUGGAACCUAUGUUUUCCCAUAUAAAUAGGUUCAAGCUUCAAGCAAUUAUCAGACCCAUAAUUAUCUAUCAGUGUCUCAGUUUCAGAAAUUGUUUUUCUUGUAGCUCGAGAAAGCAGCUAGUAGCAAUGUCAUUCGCCAAAAGCACAUUAAUCUUUGCAAUUCUCUGUCUCAUCCUAGUACAGGAGCUUGAGAUCUGUGAAGGAAAUCAAGACAUGGAUGCUGUUCAUCAUCAUCAUCAUCUUUAUAAGAUAGACUGUGGUGGGAAGUGCAGCCACAGGUGUAGCAAGGCGUCAAAGCACAAAAGGUGCAUGAGGGCAUGCAAUAGUUGCUGCCAGAGGUGCCACUGCGUGCCACCUGGCACAUAUGGGAACAAGCAUGUUUGUCCUUGCUAUGCCAAACUCACCACUCAUGGAGGAAAGCUCAAGUGCCCAUGAAUUUGGUGUUUUAAUGUUUCAAGGCAUCGACUAUGAUAUCAUUUGGUGUUUUAAUGUUUUAAGGCAAUGUAAUGUGUGGGAUUUGUGAUUGCUAAUGUUGUUUAUUAGUCCUAGUUAGAAGUCUUGUAACAUUUGAAUUUCUAAAUAAUAAAGACUCGAUCCUCCCUCUUAGGAGGAGAAGCAAAA